AAUCUUUCUCGGGCAAGUUGUUUCACAAUUGUUUUUGGCCACGAGUUUCCAAUUCUAUUUAUUAUUCCUUUUUAAAAAUUAAAUAAAGUUAAAUAUAUUGAAAUUAAAAUGGCACAGGGAAAAUUAAAGGUCAAAACAAAAUUACCCGGCAAUGUGAAAAAGGCAUCCGUACAUCGUGGUGUGCAGAAAAAGAAAUCAAAAGUCCCGAAUAAAAAAUCCAAACCAAUUAAUCCAGGACAAAAACUUCAACAUGAAGUGACCAAAGAGAUUAACAAAACGAUUGAAGCUGAGGCUCGAGGUAUGGCACAGAAAUUCGGUGAACCAUCGGCAAAAAUUGAUCGAAAAUCAUUAAAAUCAUAAUAAAAAAUUCCUUUUCAUUCAAUAAUU